GUUAGAUCAAGUUGGCGGAGAAAACGAAAAUACUGAUGAUGUCAGCAAAUGUAUACAAUAAAAUGCGAAGCUCAGCUAAAUACGAACCACUGUCUGCCGCGCUGAACACAAGUAACCGACUAUGAGUAGACGAGGAAGAAGAAAGUUUGGUGAUGGCGGAUGGAGCGAAGAGGGUGGUUAUAUGGCAGCCAAAAAACGAAAACUUGAUGAACAAUUUGGAGAAGAUGUACCACGUCAGAUACAACGGCAAGGCUCUAGUUCCAAAAUAUUUGAAGGUGUUACCAUCUAUGUCAAUGGCUACACAGUUCCAUCAUCGGAUGAAUUGAAACGACUUAUGAUGUUACAUGGAGGGCGCCAUACUUUUUAUUACAGAAAGACAACAGUAACUCAUAUUAUCGCUACCACCUUACCUCAUAGUAAAAUACUAGAUAUUAAAGAUAAAAAAGUCAUGAAAGCAGACUGGAUAUUAGACAGUAUAAAAGCUGGUAAACUCUUAUCAUGUCCACCAUACAUGCUGUAUACAAAGCAAUCUAAAUCACAGCCUGGAAUUAGGUUUACUAAAGUUGAUCCACCGUCAGCCAAUCAGGCAACAAGCAGUGCUAGCAUAGCCAGUGAAGACUCAGAGAAUAGGGAUGAUCCAGCCAAUCAGAAAUCAGAGUUUUUACAAAUGGAAAUAGAGAGCUCUGAAUUAACCACUCAGGAUCCAGAGAGUGGUAAAUUAGCCAAUCAUGAAUCAGAUAGUUCUGAUUUGACCAAUCAAGAACCAGAGAGUUCAGACUUCACAAAUAUGGAAAUAGAAAAUUACGAAUUACGAAAUCUGGAGAUUUCUAGUCCAGUUAAAGUAUCCAGCCAAAGUGUAACUUCUGUUUGCGUUAAUCAGGAUAAUUCAGUAAUGAGUUUUGAUGAAAAUGAAGUAAUGACUGAUACUAACAUGAAUGAUGGAGAUUGCAGAAAAAAGUCUAAAGAAUCUCCUCAAUCUGCACAAUUGAUGGGAAAGAACAUAGAUCAAAGGUUACCAGCAAAGGCUGGAGAUCCUAACUUUGUGUCAGAAUUUUAUACCAAUUCUCGACUCCAUCAUAUUGCGACCUGGGGUGCAGAGUUCAAGGACCUUGUCAAAAAAUUACAAACUGAAGGUGAUGCUGUUUUCAGUGGAAGAGAAAAGUUGAAGAAACUUUAUGCAAGUUCUCGAAGUGAUGACAAAAGAGUGAUCAUGCAUAUUGAUAUGGACUGUUUCUUUGUAUCCGUUGGUCUGCUUAGUCGGCCAGAAUUGAAAGGAACACCUGUCGCUGUGACUCACUCAAAAGGAAAAGGUACGCAAUUGACUAAUCGUCCUGGAGCUGAUCCAGAGUUCGAGAAGGCUUACUAUGAAAAUAGACAUAAACAGAAAGUCGUGAAAGGGAAAACUGCAGCUCCAUGUCUAACUGACUCUUCAGUUGUACACAGUACCAGCAUAUCAGAGCUAGACUCAACAAAAACCUUUACUUCAAUGGCUGAAAUUGCAUCGUGUAGUUAUGAAGCCAGGAAGGCUGGGAUAAAAAAUGGUAUGUUCAUGGGACAAGCCAAGAAAUUAUGUCCAGAUCUUCAAGCGAUUCCGUAUGAUUUUGAGAAAUACAAAGAAGUUUCACAAAUCUUGUAUAAAACUGUAGCAAGCUAUACUCAUGAUAUCGAAGCAGUCAGUUGUGAUGAGAUGUUUGUUGAUAUUAGUGACAUCAUCAAUGGUAUUAAGGUUACACCAUUACAAGUAGCAACAGCAAUAAGAGAGGAAUUAUACAGAGAGACUGGUUGUAAUGCUUCAGCUGGCAUAGCCCCAAAUAUCUUACUUGCAAGAAUGGCAACAAGGAUUGCUAAACCCAAUGGUCAGUUUUACCUUCAAGCAGACACUGCAGCAGAGUUUAUAAAAACUCAGCUACUCAAAGGUCUUCCAGGUGUUGGAUCAUCACUGAAUCACAGACUGGAAACUAUGGGUCUGACGACAUGCGGAGAACUGCAAGAUAAACCAUUGAGAAUGUUACAACAAGAGUUUGGACCAAAGACUGGACAGUCUUUGUACAAUUACUGUAGAGGUAUUGAUGAGAGACCAAUCACUGCAGACAAGGAAAGGAAAUCUGUGUCUGCUGAAAUCAACUAUGGCAUUCGUUUCACACAGGACAGUGAAGCUCAAGACUUCUUGACUGAGUUAUCAACCGAGGUGCAAAAAAGGUUAAAGAACAUCAAAAUGCGAGGCAAGACUAUAACGCUGAAGUUGAAAGCAAGGAAAUCAAGCGCUCCCCUUGAGUCGGCUAAGUUCAUGGGUCAUGGUGUCUGUGAUAAUAUAGCAAAGUCAAGUACAUUGAUGACUCCAACAGACGAUGUGAAAAUAAUUACCAAAGAGUGUGUAAUGUUACUACGGCAGAUGAAAAUACAUGCAGCGGAUAUGAGAGGGAUGGGAAUUCAAAUCAAUAAACUUAGCAGUGCUGCCUCUGCAUCCUCUGGUAUGUCAGUCUUGGACUAUAUGAAGAACCAACCAAAGCCGUCAACAUCUAAAAUUAAUGGUGCUUCUGACCGAUCGAAGGUGAACGACAAAAAUGAUGAGGUCUUUGUUACUCCUGUGAAACAGUGCGGAAAGAAAGGCAUCAGAGACAUGUUUCAAAAUGGUGCAACUGCCAAAGCAGAGACUGUUGGCUCUGUUGCCAUGCCAACCAGUGAUGGAGAUUUGUUCUUGCCAUCACCAUCACAGGUUGAUCCCAGUGUUUUAGCAGCCUUACCCAGCGAUAUCAGACAACAAAUUGAAAAAGGUUAUGCUGCAAGGAAUCAGAGUAUACCAACAAAAAAACGGCAUCAGAAUAAUUUAGAAGUGGCAUCUAGCAAGUGGGAUAUAAGCGUACUGCAAGCGUUACCAGCUGACGUAGUCAAAGACCUUCUAUUGAGUGAGCUGGGAGAGAAACAACAAACAUAUAGUGGAGGAAACAUGCUACAAACCACUAAACAAAUCCAAAAUGAGAAUAUGCAGAUGUUGAAAGAUGUCUUAGAGGCAGGGCCAAGUAGAGUAGAGAAACAACCAACACAUGAUGUUGUGCCAUCUUUUUCCCAGAUUGACCCAAGCUUUCUUGAAGCCUUGCCACCUGAACUCAGAAAUGAACUUAAAAAUACUUAUAAAGGAAAGAAUUCCAAAAUGGCAACCAAGUUACAAGACAAAAUUAAGUGUAGUCCAGUGAAGCUUUCAUCUCCAAAAAAAGGAAAGAGUAAGAAAACAAGCCCUGGACGAGGAGCUAAAGGGUCUUCAAGAUCAAUAAAAAGCAGUCCUCAAAAACAGAAAAUAGACUGGCGAAACAAGCAACGAAAUAUUCAAAAUAUGCUAAUUGGAUCAUCGUCCAAUAUGGUGGAUCCUGAUCACCCUGGUAACCCAGAUUCUCCUGCAUUAGUACUUGAUGAUGUGCAAAGGAAGAGUGAUGAAAACUGUCUUGGUGAGGAGGAGGAAAAGGAUAAAGAGGAGGUGAUGCAAGGGGUUGAGAAGGUGAAACCAAAUCUUUGUGGUAGGGUUGAUCUCAGUGAUGUCAAGACAUUGGUAAAAGAAUGGAUUGAAAGCUGUCCAGCUCCUGAGCUGGAAGAUGUCGGUCAGUUCGUGCAAUAUAUAAAUGAUUUAGUGGACGAUAAGAAUUUAGAAACUGUAGAUUUGCUGCUGAAAUAUCUGAAAAGACAUGUUAUGAAAACUGGCAGAAGUGAAUGGAAAGAUGGUUACAAUUUGAUUGUUAUUCAGACACAGGAUCUCAUCAAAUCAAUCUAUGGCAGUCAGCUUAAAAUAGAAUCAGACCUGACAUAG